AUGAGCCUCAUUGCAGGUGGCGGGCAUCACUUUGUCGGUUCAACAAGUGGACUGUUGCUUGCCAAUCUACUCCAGUCCAGACCCCAACCCUCAUCGUCUCUACACGCAUCAGGAUGGAAACCAAAUUCGAUACCACUUACUCCCCAAGGAGGAUCAGGAUUACCACCAAAGACUCUAGCAUCAGAAAUCCUCAAAGCAUACUGCAGCCAUGACCACCUCUGCUAUCCUUUUCUGUCUACAAAAUCCCUUUACCGCUCCUUGGACGCAGUGUACGAAGAAGGGCGCGAAAAAGAUCCCGUGGAUGCCUUUUUCAUCGACAUGACCCUUGCGAUAGGCACUGCACAAGUCCACAAGUUCAACUGGAAUGGCGUUUACGAUGCUGAGACUCAUUACAAUCGAGCCAUGACUAGAUUAGCUGAUGUUCUUGCAAGAGAUGGCAUCGAGAGAUUACAAGCUUUGUUGCUGGUGUGCCAGUACAGAAUGGGAACAACGUCGAGCAACACUACAACGAGUGUAUGGCAUCUCAUCGGCGUGGCUGCUCGGACUUGUCUGGAGAUGGGGCUCCAUAGAGCAGCUACGUAUGCACUGCCACCAGCAAACGAACACGAUGAGAGUCACAAAGCAAAGGAGGAAGAGAUGGAGACCAAGAGACGAUGUUUCUGGAGUCUUGUCGCAUUGGACCGCGUGACGAGUCUCGCGUUGGGUCGUCCUUUGGCUCUCCAGCUAGAAGAUAUCGACGUCGAUUUACCACCUGCAUCGGCACCCGAUCAGUUCCCCGAAGACAGCAGCCCUCUUUCGUCCGCACCAUACGGAACACCACAAUACCGCGCCGCAACGUCCGUCUUUGUGCACAUCGUCCGAUACCGUCUCAUAUGCGGCAAAAUUAUCAACGCACUACAUCGAAGUACCAAACAUGUUUCGUUUGCGAGCAUAAGCUACGAGGAGAUGCGCACGGCACUGGCGAGGGAACUACAGGACUGGCAUACAGAAACAGCCAAUCUUCCUCUUGUAAAGAGCGACGCGACAGCUGCUUCGCCUGCUAGAAAUGUAUCCGGUGCAACGGGUGAUCACCCGCAUGCAAUGUCUCGCAUGGUUCGCACAGGAAACGUCAAUGUUAUUACGGGUGACUGGCUCUCCGAGAUGAACAUUGCCUGGAAUGCAAUCACCAAGCAAGAAGUUGACCCGAACCUGGGCUACGAGAAUGGCUUCUUUGAGCAGCUUGAGGAGUGUCUCGACGAUAUCAUGCAGCGCGAUAUUCGCGUUGUCACAAACGCUGGUGCCUUGAAUACCGACGCUCUAUACGACAAAGUCAGGGCGCUUUGUGAGAAGCGUGGAUAUGGAGAUGCUAUUGUUGCCAAAGUUCUCGGCGAUGAUGUCUCGGAUGUGGUUAUGAAGGGAGAUGUUAGAGUUACGCAUCUAGAUCAUCCUGAGCAGACACUUGAGACCUGGGGUUUUACACCUUGUUGCGCGACUGCUUAUAUCGGAUGCUGGGGUAUCGUGCAGGCUUUGCGUGCAGGUGCUCGCAUCGUCAUCUGUGGACGAUGUACAGAUGCGUCUCCCGUCAUGGGCGCAGCAGCGUGGUAUCACGGCUGGAGAGAAGACCAGUAUGAAGAACUGGCCGGUUCGCUCCUGGGAGCUCAUCUCAUCGAGUGCGGACCAUAUGUUGUCGGCGCCAAUUUCUCCGGUUUCAAGGACUUUCUCCCUGAGCUGGUAGAUAUUGCUUUCCCAAUCGCCGAGAUCGACCCAAGAGGACGCUGCAUUAUCGGUCGAACGGGCGAAGGUGGUGGUCGAGUCACAAAAGAAACUGUCACUGCGCAAUUACUUUACGAGCUUCAGGGUCAUUUAUACCUUAACCCAGACGUCGUGGCUGAUCUCUCAGGGGUCCGAGUCGAGCAAGAAUCACCGAAUCGAGUGUCUGUCUCUUGCGUAAAGGGUUAUCCUCCGCCACCUACAGCCAAAGUCAUGGUCGCUGCAAAAGGUGGUUUUCAAGCUGAAGCAACUUUCUACAUCAACGGCCUUGACGUGUAUGAGAAAGCGGCCAUGAUGAAGGCUCAACUGGCGCAUAUGUUUAAAGACGCCAACUUUAGCCGUCUCAGUAUUGAACUCUACGGAACACCGGCGGAUAACCCAACUUCCCAGCAAGCAGGUACUGUGUCUCUACGUGUCUUUGCCCAGGCCCGUCAAAAGGAAGAUAUUGAAGCGUCCAAGUUCAAAGUUCCAAUCUAUGCACUCCGCAUGCAGAGUUACCCCGGGUACCAUAUGAAUCUUGAUUUCAGAACCAUGGUUCCCAAGCCCUUUAUGGAGAUGUUUCCUGCUUUGAUGCCUGUCUCUGCAAUUGAUCACCGUGUUGUCAUGAGCACAGGUACUACACACCGCGUUGAGCCUCCUACACAAACAGCAAAGUACCCCAUAGUACGUCCAUCUACUGAAACGCAUGGACCGGUGGACAUGCUCACCUUUGGACCGACCGAGUGGGCGCCGCUGGGUAGCGUCGUGCACGCAAGGUCAGGCGACAAGGGCGACAACUCCAACGUUGGAUUCUUUGUACGAAACGAUGAUGAAUACGCCUGGCUAAGGAACUUGUUGACUGUUUCAAAAUUGAAGCACUUGUUUGGAGAUGAUUGGUUCAAAAUGAAUCCUGAUAGGAGAGUUGAGAGAGUCGAGUUUCCAGGCAUCAACGCCGUUCACUUCCGAGUUUUGGAUAACUUGAACGGAGGUAUUGCUUCGUCUGAUCGAAUCGAUGGAUUGGGUAAGGGAAUUGCAGAGUAUUUGAGGAGUCGAUAUGUCGAUGUACCAAAGGCGUUUUUGGAUAGAGGGCGGAUCUAA